AUGGCUAAGGGUCAGAUGAAGUGCUCGCUUCAGACGCUGCCGACACAAGGGACUGGCAGCGUGCUGCAGCCUUAUGUUACAGAUGCACCAUCUCAGGAAGGUCACCUCUCCCAGCAGGAGCCCGAGUCACCCACGGCCGAAAAUGACAAUGUCUUUCUCAUCAGGGCGGAAGGAUUCCCCUUCUCCUGCACCGAGGAAGACGUGCUUACCUUUUUUGAUAGCUGUAGAAUUCGAAAUGGUGAGAACGGCAUACACUUCCUCUUAAACAGGGAUGGGAGACGCAGGGGGGAUGCCUUGAUCGAGCUAGAGUCGAAAGCGGAUGUCCAGAGGGCCUUGGAAAAGCACCUGAGGUAUAUGGGCCCACGCUAUGUGAAAGUUUUUGAAGUACACGAUAGCGAUGUAGAGGGCUUACUACGAAGUCUGCGGGAUGAGUCACAAGCCGUAAGUGAUGGAGUCGUACUACUCAGAGGCCUUCCGUUCAGCUCCACUGAGGAGGAUAUUGCAGAUUUUUUCUCAGGUUUGAAAAUUAGUGACAUAGCUUUCGUUUACCGGGGAGAAAGAAGAACAGGAGAAGCUUUCGUGCAGUUCGCAGCUCCUCAAAUGGCAGCUAAAGCCCUGUUACGACACCGGGAAUAUAUGGGAAAUAGAUAUAUAGAAGUGUACAUAAGUAGAAAGCAUCAAAUGCAAAGGCACGUGCCUUACCACAAGCACAUGGUGACCUACCCCAGAGUGAGAAGAGAACAUGAAGCUGUUUCUGAAGAAAGGGGAUUGAGCAGCACAGGAGGCUCUGAUGCUGACAGAGAAAACAAAUUGUGCAGGGAAGGAACAGAAAACUCCGGGUCCGUUUUAGAAUCUGGGAACAUCUCAUCACCGCUGCACUUUGUCCAUGUGAGGGGUUUCCCUACCCAGACUAGUGCUCAAGACAUAAUAAAUUUUUUUGCGCCGCUGAAGCCCACAAGGAUCAUGGUAGAAUACAACUCCCACGGUGAUGCCACAGGAGAAGCGGAUGUGCAUUUUGCGAGCCAAGAGGACGCAGUGGCGGCCAUGGCGAAGGAGGGGUCACAGCCGCGUAAGUACAGAGAGGGGGCUCUUACAACCUCAAGACUCAGCUCCCAGGGUCGUUUGGCACAGAGUGCAGUGCCAUUGAAUUAUUCCUCAAUAAACAUCCAGAGGCAAAACAAGACUGCUAGUGACAGUGGCACUGUCUCAGAUUUGGCCGAAGUGAACACAUUCCCUGGGUAUGAGCAUAAAGAUCGCAUACGAGUGUCGCUGCUCAAUUACAAGGAUAAACUGUAUAAAAUUCAGUUUAACAUUGUGUAA